CUCUUAAUCUAGCUGGCCUUGCAACAAAAGACAGCCCAGGAGACACGAAGCAAGACCUAAGUAGCAUGAUAGCUCAACACAUCUUGGGGUUCAUGCGACCCUUGCUCAGUGGACUGAAUGCGAGCAAAACUCGCUUUGUUUUUCUCUGUGGGGUGACAGAACAGAACCGUGUGCCAGCAAAGCAGGUGUCAAGAAGGGGUUUCAGCUCAACGUGCAAGCUCCAGGGUGCCCCUGGGGAGUCAAGCUCUGCAGACCAGGUGACAGUGCAUUUUAUAAAUCGGGAUGGAGAGCGACUUACAACCACAGCCAAAGAAGGGGAGAGUUUGCUAGAAGUGGUAGUCAAUCAAAACUUGGCCAUUGAUGGAUUUGGUGCAUGUGAAGGGACAUUAGCCUGCUCCACCUGUCACCUCAUCUUUGAGAAGGAUGCCUUUCAAAAGCUGGAUGCCAUCUCAGAUGAAGAGAUGGACAUGCUGGACUUGGCAUAUGGACUCACUGAGACAUCUCGCCUCGGUUGCCAGGUGCGCGUUAAGAAGUCGAUGGAUGAUCUGACAGUGCAGGUCCCCAUGGAGGUGUCAGACAUCAGGAGGCAGCUGGAGGUCGGAAAGCAAAGCAAACAGUAACUGGAAAUGACUCCUGCCCAACCCACUUCCUUUAGCUUUUUAGUCUCUAGCAUCAAAUGCGAACACUGCAACGUGUCUCACAGUGUCAGAUUGCAUCUGAACAACCAGACACCAGGUGGAGCUCGCCCUACAUCAGCAGCUCGUGAAACUGCAAGCAGAAGGGAAGAGGAUGCGACUAGAACCUGAAUUUCCUUGACUUCGUCUUAUUUCUAUUCUUCCUUCCUCAAUCUCUUACACUGAAUCGUGACUAGCUCUGUCUUGUAAGGCUCAGAGCAGUUAUCCAUGUUUGAUUUCAGCUGCUACCUCCAUACCUUUCCCUAGGGCAGGAGUAAUGUUGACAUGAGUUCUGGCCCUCUGAAGUGUAGUCUAGUGUCAGUGUGGGGCUCGCAGGUGAAGAAUGACAUUCUGUAUAUCCCCAGGUACAAACUUUGGUUUCCUCUCUGGUCCAUUCAUUGUGCAAAAAUAUGUACAAAAUUUUAUGCUGAGAGACUAAGACAAGGGUAUACAAUGGGGGGAUUUUUCUGGUGCUGCACACUUGCUUGUGACUUACCAUAGGUUGUAAAAGAGGUUAAAUAAAAGCAGUGAAACCACCAGUUUCA